AUGUUUCUACUCGUCCAGUGUCUCGCCCUCACUAGACACAAGCGGAAGCCACCCACAAAGCAUAUCGAGGCGCCGGCAGAGGAAGUGAGGGGGGACGUGUCGCUGGAGGGGGAGCGCCAGCCCCCUGAAGUGACCCAGCCCCCUGCGGGUCCCCUAGUGGUGCUGGUGCUGAGCUCGUCGCCCCGCGGCGGCUCCACGCUGCUCACCGACCUGCUAUCCGCCGUGCAGGGCUCCGUGGUGGUGUUCGAGCCGCUGUGGCUCAUCGAGAAGACGAAGUGCUUCCACGACAUGGCGUGCAUCAACCGGUACCUGUCCGACGUGUUAUCGUGCCGCUUUACGUCGGACUUCGAGGACUGGCUCAAGAGCAAGAACCUGUUUUUCCACUUCUUCAGCCCCGAGGCGCGGAGAUGCCUCCUCUUGGGUAUCCCAGCGAAAAAGCAGGCGUGCCUCAAGGCCAUGGACCUGCGGGAGCGGUGCAGGUCGGCGCCGGUGGUCGUCGUGAAGGUCAUCCGCGCCAGACUAGCCUGGAUGAUGAAGUUCCUGGAAGACCCGCACCUCAAUCUGAAGGUAAUCCACCUGACCCGCGACCCGCGCGGCUCCAUCAACUCCAUCUCACGUUUCGGCUGGAACGCCGACCCGUACCUCCGCUGCAGCGACCUGCAGGACGACAUGCAGAUCUACAAGAAGCUGCGACAGGUGUUCCCGAGCACGGUGACGCAGGUGCACUACGAGCAGCUGUGUCUGCGGCCCCUCGAGACCACCAAGGACAUCCUCAGCUUCCUCUUCGGCAACGCCACGCUCCCCGCCUCCAUCAGGGAUUUCGUGGAGCAGCACAUGCUAAACUCCAAGGGGAAUGGCGGCAACAUGAGCACCUUCAAGAACAGCACCGCGGAGUUCGAGGCGUGGCGCUACAAGAUCUCCGAGAAGUGGCUCAAGGCCAUCGAGGCGGAGCCGGUGUGCGUGCAGGCCAUCAAGGGCAUGAAGCACACCCUGUUCGGCUCCAUCAGUGCCGCGAACGACUCCAAGAUACCCCUCAUUCUUAACACGUAGCCCCCCCCCCCCCUUCAUCCUCCUCCACCAUCCACCUCACACUGGUGCCACCGUCACUCAGUCUAAUGGCGCCCUUUCACCCAUAGGCAAACUUCUCUCCUCCGCUCGAGGGUAUGAUUCAUCUCUUGUGCAAACGUUUUAUUGUACUGAUGAAGAAUAAACAAGCCGCCAGUCGCAUCACUGAACAGAGGGGAAAAAUCUGCAUAUUGAUAAAUAUACGCCAUUGAAGAGUACGCCGGCUGCCCUGCAUGGUGUCCUUCCAGGUCGCCCUGCUCCUCACCCGCGCCGCCGCCUCCUCGUCCUGAUCCUAAUCCUCCUCAUUGUUGUUAUCAUCGAAGCGUUGUUAUUCGAUGGGCAACAAAACGCAUAAUAAUCGAGUCUCUGUCGUCUGUACAUUCUUAUUUUUCGGUGUUGUGUCUGUGUGUGUGUGUGUGUGUGUGUGUGUGUGUGUGUGUGUGUGUGUGAUUCGAUAUAACUCCUCACAAUUAUCAAGACACCACUGGUCCCAUGCUGAGGUUCUUCACUUCUGGCAAAUUCUUUUUCAGUGUUAUUUAUUUUGUACGAGCACCGAGUUGAAUAAAGUGAACCAUUCUUC